AUGGCACCCCAACAGAACACCGACACUGACCCUCUCCGCCUCCUCAACUUUGACUGUGCGACCCUGAUCCUAGACCAUUUAGAUCUCGACGAUGUCGGAAACGCCCAGGUUGUGAGUGAGGCGUGGGAGGCUCGCGUCCAAGAAUGGGCCGGCACCCGCGGUCUGCAGAAACUCUUCCCUGACGCUUGGAAGAAGCACUUUGCAGGGACCGAAGAUGCCUCCAAGAAAGGGAGCAAUGGAUAUCAGCUCUUCAGGCAACAAGCACUGGAAGAAACAUGCGAGAAACGAUGGGCAAAAGCUCGGGCCCUACGCGCACACGAAUACAUCAUCGACAAGAAGAUUGCCGACGUCGUCAUGGCCGGCGAGUAUCUGGCCUGGAGGCAGGAACGCACCCAGUGGGUAGACAAGCAGGAGGCCGGCGUCUUUUGGACUCGUCUUGGGGCCCCUGCGCAGCAGCUGGAUAUGCCAGUAGCCCUUGCAAGGGGCCUUGUGCAUAUGAAGCUGCAUUGCUCUGGGCUGCUUUCCGUCUACAGCCAGCGUGUUGUUACGAGGGAUAACAGGAUCACGCAACACGUCUACGACCUAACCACAAGCACAGAACUCUGGCGCCGGACCAUCACCGGCGCAAACACCCCGCACGCGCAAACACAGGUCUACCCCAUCGCAAUCGGCUGGGCGCGGGUAUACCACUACGGCGCAACGCUGACCGAGCUCGAAGCGUACGACCUGCGCAGCGGCGCCCUGCUCUACACCGUGCCCCUCUUCACCAAGCCCGUCCUCAUCCCAGCCCACAGCCAAGUGUGGCGCCUGGGCGGCCUUGAUGUCCUCGUCGGUAUAAGCAAGACAGCAGGCAACGCGGCAAACGGGAACCCACGCGCGGAGAUGCACUUUAUCAACACGGACACAGGAUACUCGCUCCAGACGCUCCGGUUUGAUUACUCGGGCGGCCCGGACGAUCUGCGGAUCAAGGUCUCGACGCGGCGCAAUGAGCUCGCCUUUGCGCUGGUGGGCGGGAUGGUGCACGGUUGCUUCAGCACGCAGAUCUUCGAGUAUGAGGCUGCGCGGCAGGAGUUCGUGCAGAGGUCUCUGGAAGACCUUAGGCGGCCGACGCCGUUGGAAGUCAGCUGGAGGGGGUGGUGCACUGAUGAUGUCACGGUGUGGGAUGCCUUUCACCGUUUCACGCUCAGGGUUGAUCGCGGGCUUUGUCCUUGGGGGUUUCUUGUGCCAUUUAACACAGACUCCUGCGCUUACCCUAGCCUCAAGGUUGACCCCCCGGCUGUCGUUGUGGGCAAGGGGAACACCAGGCCUUACUCCGUGAAGGACAAAGGGUUUGAUGUUCUGCUUCGAGCGGAGAUCGGGAAAGCGAGACUGUUCCUUUAUAAUGGCGACUCGGAGCAGCGCCAUGAAAAGCACCACAGCCGGCUCUCGAUUCUGGAUUUUGGGUAUGGGGGUUGCACGAUUAUGCAGGCGCAGGAUUGCUUGCAGCGUCCGGAUAGCGGUUGGUAA